CGCUCCGCCUGCCCCACCCCGGCGGCGCCGCCCGCCCGCGCGUCCCUCGGUCCACCUGCAGCAAGCAGUCCCUCCGACCGUCCGACCCAGAGGCGCCGGCCGAGCCCGAGGCCUGGGCUCUUGCUCCCUGGCGGAGGGAUCCGCGGCGGCUGAGGAGGCGGCGCUGAGCCUAGAAGGAAGAGGCAGCUACCGCGGUGGCGGCGGCGGCGGCUCGGGCGGCAGCGCAUAAAGGGGCCGCCGCCGGGUGAUGCGGUGACCCCUGCGGCAGGCUCAGGAGCCGAGUGGGCCACGGCCCCAAGUCCGUCCCGCCGGACCCGCGCUCUGGAACUCCCCAUCUUCUCCGGCACUCCCCAUCUUCUCCGGCCGACCCGCGAUCACCGAGGCGGCCUCGCGCCCCCUCGUCCCUUCCCCGUCCCUCCCCUGCCCCUGUUCCCGCCCCGGGGGCCGCCUCCACCUGCCUCCCACGAUGGCUCUGAAGAGAAUCCACAAGGUAUAUGAUCCUGUGGAUGCAGUAUCAGUAUAUUACUGCCUUUCCAAGUGCCUUACUUCAUUGAAUCUAAGACGCAAUUAAUUGAAAGACGUACUACUAAGAAAGAAAAGGAAUUGAACGACCUGGCGCGGGACCCCCCAGCACAGUGUUCAGCAGGUCCCGUUGGAGAUGAUAGUCAUUGGGAUAGAAAUUGUAAACUAUUUUAGAGAAGAAUCUGGUGAGAGGCUUGUGGAGGUUCCGGAAGUGGACUCAUUCUCAGUGUUCCAUUGGCAAGCUACAAUAAUGGGGCCAAAUGACAGUCCCUAUCAGGGUGGAGUAUUUUUCUUGACAAUUCAUUUCCCAACAGAUUACCCCUUCAAACCACCUAAGGUUGCAUUUACAACAAGAAUUUAUCAUCCAAAUAUUAACAGUAAUGGCAGCAUUUGUCUUGAUAUUCUACGGUCACAGUGGUCUCCAGCACUAACUAUUUCAAAAGUACUUUUGUCCAUCUGUUCUCUGUUGUGUGAUCCCAAUCCAGAUGAUCCUUUAGUGCCUGAGAUUGCUCGGAUCUACAAAACAGAUAGAGAAAAGUACAACAGAAUAGCUCGGGAAUGGACUCAGAAGUAUGCGAUGUAAUUAAAGAAAUUAUUGGAUAACCUCUACAAAUAAAGAUAGGGGAACUCUGAAAGAGAAAGUCCUUUUGAUUUCCAUUUGACUGCUUUCUAUGAGCCCACGCCUCAUCUUCCCUUGUGCACAUGUUUACCUGAUACAGCAGUGCUGCGUGUUGUACAUACUUGGAACAACAAACUAGAAAUACUGUACUUCUGUACCAACAUUGCCUCCUAGCAGAGAAGUGUGUGUGUGACAAGCCAGUUCUCCAGGCAUAACCUAGGUGUGAGACUAAAAGCUUUCCUUAUUGACUUAAAUUUGGAUAACGGCAGAGUGAGGGGUGGUGGGUAUGUUGUGUGCUUGGAUGGGGAAGAAAAGCUCCACUGACCUGUAGGAGAUUGUUUUUUAAGUGAAAUCCCAUUAAACUCAAAACAGUUAUGAAAAGCAAGGCCAAGAACAUGAAGCUGUUUCUGUAUUCGUUUUAUUCCGAAGGACUUAACGUCUUAGGUGAAAGUUAUGACCAAUCAGAUUAAACUCUACCUACAUCCUGUAUUUUAAGGUCUAAGUUUAACUGGUCAACAUUUAAAUGGAUUGGAGCUAUUAGUAAGUAAAGUGUGAUGGGCUUUGUUUCCAACUCUUUUACAUCUCCCCACCCUUCAACCUUCGUCCUUCAGCCCCUCUUUCUCUCUUCCAUAUUCUUUGGUUUGUAUGUGGUUUCUCAGUUAAUACAUAGCUAAUAGCUCUUAUUUUUCUUAUGUUUUUAACUGCUUAGGUCUAUCUGGAUGUAAGGGUGAAAAUUCAUUCGAUGGAAAUACUUGUGUAUAUUUAAAGACCCAAUUGCUCCUCUGGAGCCUGUACGUUCAAGAAUGAUUAAUCUGUGUAAUAAACUGAUUACUACAGUCAUUACAUAUAA